AACUCAGAUAAGCAGUUUGGGCUUUGGUUGUCCCACAGGGCCGCUGGGUUGUUUGUCCUCUUCAAAUUCUGUACUUGCUGUAUCAUUUUGGCUUUCAGCAUCUGUUGGUUCAUCUUCAGAUUUAGAUUCAGAAGGAGACACAUCAGAUUGUUUCUUAGUUGCUUCUGCAGGAGGCGUCUCUUCUAGAAGGUAGAUUUAGAGAUCUGUUACAUUACAGUUAGUAGCUCUAGGAGCUGGACAAAAUUCUUCUGAACCCCUUCCACCUGGAAUUAAGGCUUUUCAACCCCAGCUAGGCAACAAGAAGCCUGUACAAGUGUUUGAUCUUAGCUAAUUAAGUUUUAUUAAGCAACUACGUUAAAGGUAAAGCUGAGUUAUGCACCUGUUUUAUUCCCCACUUGCACCUAAAGUGGCAUAAGAUAAUUGAAUAUGACUUAAUUAGUCAAGAAGAUAUUAAAAAGACCAUUGCUCUAUUCAGUUUCUUAAGAGUGAUAGAGAAAUACUUGAAUGCUGCAGUUCUUCAAGCACACCAGUAUCUUGAAGUUUGGUAACACAUGUAAUCAUAUUGAUUGAGAGGGAAUUUAGAUCAUGGGAUCCUGAUGCAAAUAACAGCCAUCCUAGGGCCUGGCAUUAGAAAGGUAAAUGCAGUACACAGAACCUGAAAAUACAUAUGUGUAUGUAUACGUAUGUACAUAUAUAACUCAAUCAAGGCAUCAAAUUAUUUCAGAGUUCCUCUGUCCAGGGAAAAAUUGACACCCAAACUCAACAUUAGAACAAGGCACAGCUCCCCUUCACCUACACAAUACAUUUUCUUCUGCUUUUCAGACAUUAGAAAUAAGCCAUGCCUAUGCUACUCAGGGUAGUUUGUACCAUUAUCAGAACUCCAUAGAGCCGGCACUCUUGUUACUGUCAUUGGUUAUCCAAAAGAGUGCACUCGGAUGUGCGGAGAAUCAGCCAGCAGCAAGCAGGGAUUUCUAUGAGCAUCACCUGUACAUUAAAACUGAAAAAUAGGAGCUGAGAGUCAACAAAUGCACGAGUACGUGAAGGCAGGACAGGAAAGGUGAUUAGAAGAUAAGCCUCAGCUGUGGUGAACACCUUCUGUUCCACUGCUGUCUGUGGGUCCAAAGGAAUCAUUUGGUUAUCUCUGCUCCUUGGGGAUCCAUUAUAGAAAUGGUUACUAAAACAUUAAGUAAGAACCUGGCUUGUUGAAGCCAGUUUUUAUUCUUAUUUUCCUCCCUACAGUUGUCCCUCAAAGGCAGAAUUACUGCUUUUGAUUGGAAUCAGUCAACUUACGAUUGAUUCCUCAGCUGCAACUGCUUGUGCUCCAGGAUUAGCAAAACCAGCCAAGCUUUAUGCCCAGGAGUACAUCAGCAAGCCUAUUAUUAGCCUAAACCAAAGCAUCUUAUUAGUUACUGACAUGUCAGAAUUAAGAACAGUGGCAGAGCAGAAAGAGAUGCAAAAUACACAAAGAAAUGAAAAUGCACGUCCUGCUCCUUUAAGAAACUGCUUUUUAUCAGCCUUAACAUUAACAAGAGAAUCCCUUAACAGCUCCCCUGGAAAAAUCCACUCCCUACCCAAAAUACACAGAGAGGAUGAACUACAACACAAGCAUUUGAAAACCACGCAAAGUUAUUAGGAAGCAUUUCUUUUAAAUGGGAAUCUACAAAGUGCAUUCAACCACCAAACCACACCUUUAUUUUCCCUCUGUGAUGAGGGGCAUCAGGUUAAAAAUAGCUCACAGAAUGCUUUAAAGAUGAAGUUAAGAGACAAAGCCUUUCUACAUGCAUGCAGCCAACUUACCUUCAUUAAGUAAGAGCCGUAGCCAGACCACCAUUAUAAUCAGUAUUAGCAGAUAUGGCAAAGAAAGACAAAAGAAGAUAGGCAAAGUCAGCUCGCUCACCAAAGGAACUGGAGGAUACUUCAUUGCUUAGCUUCAGGUUAAUCUAAGUUUAGAACAGCUUGUUCUUUACUAACUACCUUUUUAUAACUCUGAUUGCAUCACUGUUAAUCACAAGAGGACCACUGAUAUCCUCAGCAUGGACAGCAAGAGGAACAGCCCUGCAAGGGUGGGGAGGAGGUGAAAUGGAUUAAGCACGGGAUAAGGAGAGCCGAGAAAACAUCUGAUUUGAUUGUCAUUGCUUCAGCUGGUAAUUACAGGGUAAGUAUAUAUUGGAAAGCCCUCAAGGCUGAUGUUAAAGUGGUAGUUAAAGGGAUUCUAAUGCAGUAUAACCAAGCACUUCAAUUGCUCUUUGCAACUGGUAAUGAAGGUGACUUUUGAGAACUCAGUAAUGCAGAAUCAGGCUACUACUAGUUAGUUAAAAACUGCUUAUGCCAGGUGCUCUUGUUUGACAUGGGGUAUGUGUACAUCCCAUAUUAGUACAGACCCCAUUUCUAACUUUCUCUGCCUAUUUCAUUCUAUUAGUGAAUCCAUCAGGAACAUAUACUAUUUUCAUCACCGUCCUAUUACCAUUCGCUUGGAAAGGCCUUUCCAGUCAGACAUCUCUCCUGAGGAGAGCAGAGCGGAGCCCCGGAACCCGAUCGCAGCCCGCGUUGCCGCCCGGAGUCGUUGUGGUGCGCCCAAGAUGGCGGCGGGGCGGGUGUUCCCCUUCCGCGACGCUCGCUGGGCCCCGGACCCGGUUCAGGCUCCGAGCCCAGCCGUGCGCAGCCCACAGCCGGUACCGCUGGUGAUCGACAACGGCUCGUUCCAGACACGAGCGGGUUGGGCCGCCGCCGACCCCUCUGUCCCCGCUGAGCCUUUGCUCCGGUUCCGUUCUCUGGCGGCUCGCAGCCGCGGGGCUCGCGGUGGGGCCGGGGCCGAGACUCAAGUGGGCAACGACCUGGGCAGCCCCGAGCCGCUGCGUUGGCUGCUCCGUUCGCCCUUCGAUCGCAACGUGCCCGUCCAGCUGGAGCUGCAGGAGCUGCUGUUCGACCACGUCUUCCAACGCUUGGGGGUCUCCUCGCAGGGUUGUGUUGAUCAUCCAAUAGUUUUGACAGAAGCGGUGUGCAAUCCUUUGUAUUCAAGGCAAAUGAUGUCAGAGCUCCUGUUUGAAUGCUAUCAAGUUCCUAAAGUGUCCUAUGGGGUGGAUAGCUUGUACAGCUUUUACCACAACAAGAAGCUGAACUGGCCUUGCAGUGGAUUGGUGAUAUCUUCAGGCUAUCAGUGUACGCAUAUUUUGCCUAUCCUAGAAGGGAGGUUGGAUGCUAAGAAUUGCAAACGUAUCAAUCUUGGUGGGUGUCAGGCAGCUGUGUACCUGCAACGCCUCCUCCAGCUCAAAUACCCCGGGCACUUUGCUGCCAUCACUCUCAGUCGCAUGGAAGAGAUACUUCAUGAGCACAGCUACAUUGCGGAGGACUAUACAGAAGAACUACAGAAGUGGCGGUCACCAGAGUACUACGAGAACAACGUGCACAAGAUGCAGCUGCCCUUCUCUAACAAACUCCUGGGGAGCACUCUGACAUCAGAGGAAAAGCAGGAGAGGCGGCAGCAGCAGUUGCGUAGACUUCAAGAACUCAAUGCACGUCGGAGAGAAGAGAAGCUGCACCUUGACCAGGAGAGGCUGGACAGGCUGCUGUAUGUGCAGGUAAUCAUGGCAGGUUCUUUUUCCAGCUCUCUGAACAUUCGAAGGCAAAUGGAUCAAUUUCACAAAGCUUUAGUGGAGCUGAACAUGGACUCUGCAGAGGAACUUCAGUCUUACAUCAACAAAUUGAGCCUGACCGUUGAACAAACGAAACAGAAAAUCCUACAGGCGGAGGUCAAUAUUGAAGUGGAUGUUGUGGACAGCAAACCAGAGACACCUGACUUGGAUCCACUGGGCAGUGAACAGUCACUGGAAGAUGUCGAAAGUAUUAAUGAGUUUGAACCUUUAUUUGCUGAGGAACAACCUGAAGCUGAGAAGCCUGUUGCUGCAGUGCAGCCCGUGUUUAACCUGGCAGAAUACCACCAACUUUUUCUUGGCACUGAAAGAAUAAGAGCUCCAGAGAUCAUCUUCCAGCCCUCCCUGAUAGGAGAAGACCAAACCGGUAUAGCAGAAACGAUGCAAUAUGUACUCGAAAGGUAUCCAAAAGAGCAACAAGCUGUUCUUGUCCAGAAUGUUUUUCUCACUGGUGGGAAUGCAAUGUAUCCUGGACUAAAAGCCAGAGUCCAGAAAGAACUCCUUGAAAUGAGGCCGUUCCAGUCAUCUUUUCAGGUUCACCUUGCUUCCAGUCCCAUUUUAGAUGCUUGGUACGGGGCUCGGGAUUGGGCAGUGGAACACAUGACCCGUGAAGAAGGUUGGAUUACCAGAAAAGACUAUGAAGAAAAAGGGGGAGAAUACCUCAAGGAACACUGUGCCUCAAAUGUCUACGUGCCCAUCCGCCUUCCAAAGCAGGCCCCAAAGACUACAGAGGCAUUGGCACCCAGCAGGGCACUGGCAGCUGGUACAGGCAAUCCUUGUGAGCAGGCGUAGUGCGAUGAGCCUUUGUAACAGCCCCUCCCAUGGAGGGAACGAUGCAAAGAGAAAAGCUGAUGCUCUGCAGCCUGAGCUGUGUGUAGAGCAGAAGCCUUGGGCUCUCCCUGUUGGCUGCUCUGGGAAUGCAAAGUGUCUCAUCUGUUGCUUGGAAGAGAAGUGCUGCUCUGAAGCAUCAGCUGGAGUGAUUGUAAUGGAUUGUACUGCUGCAUAGCACAGGAAAGUGAAUCAACAAGGCAGAACGCCGGAAAAAUGCAUUCCAGAGGAAAAUACUCUCUUAUGAACUUGUAUGAUAAGACUCAGGGUUUUUUUGAAAACGUUUGUGGGGUUUUUUUAAUUAAAAGUUCACUGGUUGUAUGCUGCUCUCAUUGCACAGCCCAGAAGCUGGGCUUGUAUUGCACGAGUCAGUCCAGCAGGUGUCUCUAUUGCUCGUUGAAGUGAGCUGUUGUGAAGCUGUGCUAUAGGAGCUUCUUGGCCUCCAGCCUCCUCCUGAGGCUGCCUGGGCUGGUGUCCUGAUUGAUGUCCAUCCUGCUUCGUGCUUCUGGUAAACCACGGCAUGAUCAGUGGGGUUUCAGACACUUCUGAGUUUGUCAGCUGCUGGCAUCUUGAUUAAAAGCAGAGGUGUGAUCACAUAGAACACGGCUCAGCUGUAAAGGAGGAGCCCUUCUUAAAGCACAGAUCAGAAGGAGUGCUGAGUCCUGUGGAGUCUGCAGGUGAUUUUGCAGGAGUGGGGGCUGAGCAGGGCAGCUCUCAACAAGUGUGACUGUGACUGUGCUGCUCUUUGAAAGCUGGCUGGGAGCACCUGCAUAUCUGUAUCUAUAUUCCAUGAUACACAAUACAUUGGCUUCCUCCAUUGGAAGCCUCUUGGUAGCACGUUCUCCUGAAACCAUUAGUGUCAGCCAUGUUAUAGCAAUGGUGGGAAAGAGGACAGAUUGUCCCCUAGCAGAAAUCCCUUGCCAUGCUUAGUGUGCUCUCAGUACUAGAAAGGGUGCUAAUGUGAGUGUAGUCAGGGUUGUUAGCUGCCGCUGAAGGUCAGAUUUACCUUUUGACUUGAAUUGCUUCUGAAUUGUUGGCACUGUGACUAAAUCAGAGCAGAGGAUGGUCACUGAAAAUCUUGUUAGCAAUAAAGCCAACGCUUUGCUUUAUCACUGACGUGUUUCAGUGAUGUGAGCUCUUCAAUAGGUACAGCAAUAAGCAGGUAUUUGAGUGAUUGUAUGUUGCUGGAAAACAGGUUUGCAGCCAGGCCCCUGUCCUGCACAACAUGCUCCAGCUGAAAUUUAACUCAGUUCUCGCACUGAACGACUUGCUGUUGUUUUACCAAAAGAAUAAUCAGUGCUAAAUGCUGGACUGAAAUCUAAGCAAACACCAGCAGUUUUGGCAAGAGCCCUAAAGUUCAAGUGUUGGGCUGGAAAAAGUAGGACUAUGAGGAAACUAUCUGGGUCAUAAUUGGUAUCAGGAGGGUAAGCAGGUGGUGGCUUCCAGUCAGUCCUGUGAGAGCUGCGGAGCAUUGAGAUAAGUUAUCUUGCUGAGUCAAAACAAAGGCUGUGAGAUACGUGUUGAUGCUGAAGCAUUAAGUUUAUUGCCAUAGGAUGUGGUACACGUAUCUAAUAGCAAAAAUCUUAACCAGACCCAUGACUUUAAGAAGAGCUGAAUGUGUCAGGUCCUGCACGCUGAGGUCACAGCUGUGUGCAGAAGUUAAAUGCAUUCUUGGAGACUGUAAAGGGGGAAGUGGUGUGGACCUGCUCUACUGCCUGGUUCCUGGCACUGGUUUCUCCCUUUGGCUUCAUCUUAACUGACUGGGAAGAAGGAGGAGGAGAAGGGAGCUUGCUGCCUGUAGCUAGGACCAGCAAUCCAGCUUGGAGGCCAUCCCAAGCUGCCUCCAGGCCUCCCGCUUUUCAAGAACAUUAAGGCAAUUUGAGGUGUUCAAAGAAUGUGGACAAACAUGCUGUGCUGAGAUGCAGAAAUGUUACACCCCACCAAAGCGUUUCUGUUGGGUUUUGUUUUGUUGAUCUGGGCUGGUGUCCCAUUGCUGUUUGACCUCUUUCUGACCCAUUUCUAGCUGUCACGGUGGGCACAGUGCUCACGGUGUUGAUGCUUGGCCGAACUGUUCCAACCAUUUUGCUUAUGGAUUGGGAGCAGAGCUGUGCAAUGCAGCAAAGAGUUGCCAAGUCAGCAGCUUUGACUGCUUCCAGGAAGCGUGAUUUUAUAAUCUUAUAAAUAUUAGCUGUUAAUUUGUUACUGUAAUAACUGGAGUAUCUAAUGAACUCGGGCAAUACAAUUGCAGUCACAAGCUGUGCUAACUACGCUGGUGUCGUUUAAUUGCUCGGAGAAGCAACAUUAAAAGGGUGGACGUUGGAAAACAGGAUUGAUUUUUACCAGCUGAGGUUUGCUUCCCUGAUUUGUUCUGCUGAAGUGCUACGUGAGUGGUGGUGGUGGUGGCACAAAGGUUGAAUGAGGGCAGGAGGAAGCAGUGCUGGUAGUUGAAGUUCUCUUGGAUGUCCACCAUGGUGCCAUUUCUGUAGCAAGGUUUUUGGUGUCAGUUUUCCAUAUAACCAAUGUAGGGUGCACCACACCCAGAGGGGGCUUGGAACCUUCCUCCCUUGCUUUGGCUUACACCACUUAAAGGAGGAGGAGGCCAGUAAGGUGCCUUUCUGGCUCUUUCUGGAGUGUUGUCUGGCUUUGGGGAGCUAUAGGAGGAAUUGUUACUGGAGAGGAAGAAAUACAGCUCUGUGGACAGGGAAUGCAGGUGAUGGCACUGUGAGGGCCUCUGCCAGGUGCUCAGCGGGCUGUGUAGAACUGCAUGGGUAGAGCUGCUGUGUGGGCAGCCUUGUGGGCAGCAGGGAGUGUAUCCUCACAGGUGUCCUGCAAGCUGACAAGUGCAGUUGCCAACCUGACUUGGUCUAGUGGUCCUUAGCUGGUCCUCAGUACUUAAGGUUCAAAGCAGCCCACAACCUUAUUAUACAACGGAGUUAUCACCUAAUUCAGGUCAAAGAAUACAAAAGUACAAGUUGCAAUUUAUCAGGCUUGGUGAGCUCGGUCUAUUUAAUCUAAACUGGGUUCCACCUUUCACAGGGUCCCUAAGAUCUGCUGGGAGUGGGAACACCACGUCAGUGAGGAGCCCUGGGGACUAAACACGGCUCACGUGUCCCAUGUCCCAGAUUUCCUCUUGUGCUGUGGGCAGGGUUUGCUUUUGGUCUUCAAGGCUUCUUAUGUUUCCUGUGCCACGACGACUUCAAACACAAACCAUUCUUUGCUAAAUCUCUGCUCGGACACCAACAUUAGAACUCUUUGCUCCAAUUAUUAAUCUCCAGGAUAGUUAAUGUGCUGGGUAAGGCAGCAUUGCAGAAGAAAGAGGAGAUGCCCUGUCACUUAAAAUAUAGGAUUAUCCCUCCGCAGACAGCCUGCAAUGCUCAUGUAGCAGCCAGGCGUAAAGCAGAACUUGUGAAGCUUGUGUGGGAUGAGCUGGGGAAGGCAGCCUGCUGUAAUGGAUUUAACGUUAUCCCCCAAGUCAGAUGGUGGGAUUUCCACCCUGGUUCUACACGUCAGGCACAGAGCAGCUGCUCUGCGUCCCAUUAUUCACUCCCACUGCCAGUGGUUGAACAUGAGCUUCAACAGAACUGCUCGGCCUGAAGCGGUUCAGGCUGCAGUUUGCUGGUGUGGUUUACCAACAACCCUCCAUGCUGCAUUUUGCUCUUUUCAGAUGCUCAGCCUCCCCUGGUUUGCUGCUGCACACCUUUUAGUCUGUUUCUGAGCCCAGCCUUGGCUCUUAGGCCAUCAAAGUGCCAUUAGUUUCUAUGUUUUCUGUUUUCUUUUUAAUUGCAUUGUUUCUUCUACUUCCUUAGGGAUCUUUUCUUCCCUUUUUUGAGCAGUGGGCUUGCUUUCCAUUUCCUAAGGCAGCAGAGACCAUAAUGAGAGCACUAGAUGGAGAGCCAGGAGGGCUGCCUUCAUUUUCAUCUCUAUUUACUCCUGACAAGCCAGUUUGUGCUUGUUUGCUUUGACCUUGCUGCUGUGCCUCAGCGUCUGUAACAGCAAAAUUAACCCCAGAGUCAUGUUGGCAGGGGCUGCUCACACUGUGUAACAGUUGCAGAUGAUGGUAAGGCUGGUGGGAAGGAAGAAAAGAGGGUUGUAGGGGGAGGUCAGAUAAAGCCCUGGGGAGCUGGUCCAUGUUUCAUGCUCAGAUGGAUCAGGUGCAGGUGGGAGCCUUCUGACCACUUACCGUCUGAAGCUGAUUGAGCCAUGCAGUGGUGUAAGAAUCACUCUGUACUUGUCUUAUUCAAUUGCUGCUGAUCACUGUCAGAAUAUGGAACAAACUGGGUUUAAGGUCUGACUUUUAUGCUCUCAGAAUUCCCAGUCCUGGACAGGGUUUCUUUACCUGUUAAUUUAUUUCAGGACCGAGGUGAAGAAUGAAGUGUUUGCUCUCUUUAUCUGCCAGGAAAUAAAAUGAAUAGAAGCGA